AGGUGACUCGUGUUUCUCCUGAUGUGAAGCGACAGAUGUUGAGCUCAAACACAGGUUCUACACUCAGCCUGCGCACCCACAGGGCCCCUAGGCUCUAACGCUCUGCCCAAGAGCCAACCCUCCUAGGCGAGGGCUCCACUCCGCCUUCCCGCGGGGGCGGAACCGGAAGGGGAGGGUCUCUCGCCGCCAUGGCCGCCCGCGGGGUCGUGGGCAUCUUCCUCCUCUCCGCGCUCCCCCUCUUGUGUCUGGAGUUGCGGCGUGGGAUCCCCGAGCUGGGAAUUAAAGAUAUAAUUUUGCUGUGUGGCCGGAUUUUCUUACUGCUUGCUCUUCUUACUUUAAUUAUCUCUGUGACUACCUCAUGGCUUAACUCAUUUAAACCUUCCCAAGUUCAACUGAAAGAUGAAGAAGAGAAGAAUGGGCAAAGGCAAAAACUGGCGAGGAAAAAACAACAAGAGGCACAGGGUGAAAAGGCCAGCAGAUACGUAGAGAAUGUUCUAAAACCUCAUCAGGAAAUGAAAUUGAAAAAACUGGAAGAGCGCUUUUACCGAAUGACGGGUGAAGCCUGGAAGUUAAGCCAUGGUCAUAAACUUGGGGGUGAUGAAGAUUUGGCGGUUGAAAAUGACAGUCAGACAUCUUUUGAAACAGCAAACAGAAAAGCAGCAAAGAGACGGAACUUGCCUAAGCCUUCAACCAAGGUUUCACCACCUGCUGAACAGCCCACACAGAAGGAGGUUUCAGAUUUACCUGAAGAACCCUCUGAAACAGCUGAAGAAGUAGUUACUGUAGCUCUCCGGUGUCCAAGUGGGAGUGUCCUGAGGAGAAGGUUUCUUAAGUCUUGCAGUUCACAGGUUUUACUUGACUGGAUGAUGAAAAUUGGGUACCACACAUCCCUAUACGGCCUUUCUACUUCCUUUCCCAGAAUACCUCUGGAAGUUGAGGGAGACUGUUCACUGCAGGACCUAGGAAUAACUGUGGAUACUAUACUCAAUGUGGAGGAAAAAGAGCCAUGCAACUAGAAAUGAAGAAUACCUGUUCUACAUAAAACCAGUUAUGUGUGACCUUACAGGACAACAAAGGAUUCACAUUAAAAUCAUGCUAUACCUUGACUGAGCUCAAGGCAGUAAA